AUGGGACGACACACACACACAGUGUAUGUGUUGCUAUUUUGUUUGAGUCAUCUAGCUGCUGACACGAUGACUGUUGGAUCUUGGGAGUGUACGAUUAUCAAUUGGAAGAUGCAGCAUACCACGAUAUCCUGGCUUCGGCUGGGCUUGAAAUAACCCUUUUGCUGUCCUCCACUCUUUGCAUCAGUGGCUUCCUAGAUUCGAGCGAGGGCAUUUGUGUAGCUGAGAUGUGUGUCUAUGUGAACGAAGAUGUACAGAGAAUCGUAUUGGCAUUCGCAUCAAGCGCAUUGCGCAUUUUUCGAAUUUUGGCCUCCUUCCAGGGACCUUGAUUUUUACCCGCUGGCACUGACGUCUUUUAAUUGGUCAGCCGGUUAGCG